AGCCGUUUGAUUACUUGAUUUAUGACGUGUCGCUCUCUGCUCAAACCUCCAUACGAUUUCCAGACCGAAAUUCUUGACAGAGGAUCCAAGCUGCUGAUGUUGGACUCGACUACAAAUCCAAAACCCUAGUCCUUGGUUUUGUUUGUUUCAGAAAUGGCUUCUUCUCUCUCUAUCUCAACGUUCUCUUCUUCUCUCUCACCUGAUCUCAAAGAUCAUGGAUUUAUCGGCCCUAGUUUUCCGAGUUUGGCGUGCAAAAGCGUGGUGAUUGUUAAGGGAAGUCCUUUGUUGAAUGUAAAAAGGUGUGAAUUUGAGUUGAAGUGUUUGAGGGACAAAGAGAUGGAUGUAAGCGCAUCGGCUUUGGUCGAUGUUGUUGCUGAAUGCUUCGAUGAAAUGGAGGUUAAGGAGAAAGAGCCAAGUAUUUCGACAAUUUUGUUGAAUCAUGAGAAUAAGUUUGAUCCUUAUGAUGCAUUGAGUACACCUUUAUAUCAAACAGCGACGUUUAAGCAGGCUUCAGCAAUAGAAAAUGGCCCUUAUGAUUAUACUAGAAGUGGAAAUCCUACGCGAGAUGCGUUGGAAAGCCUCUUGGCAAAGCUUGAUAAAGCAGACCGAGCAUUUUGCUUCACCAGUGGAAUGGCUGCUUUGGCUGCUGUCGCUCAUCUUGUUGGAACUGGAGAGGAAAUUGUUGCUGGAGAUGACAUAUAUGGUGGCUCUGAUCGAUUACUGUCACAAGUAAUUCCGAAGACAGGAAUUGUGGUCAAACGUGUGAAUACAACUGAUUUAGAUGAAGUAGCAUCUGCAAUUGGUUCUUGGACGAAGCUUGUAUGGCUGGAGAGUCCAACCAACCCACGGCAACAAAUUUCUGAUAUACGUAAAAUAGCUGAGAUGGCUCAUGCUCAUGGUGCAAUUGUGUUGGUGGAUAACAGCAUCAUGUCCCCUGUAUUGUCUCAACCCUUGGAGCUUGGUGCAGAUAUUGUGAUGCACUCAGCUACUAAAUUUAUAGCUGGACAUAGUGAUGUCAUGGCAGGGGUGCUUGCUGUAAAAGGGGAAAGAUUGGCGAAAGACUUGUAUUUCUUACAAAAUGCAGAAGGCUCUGGGCUAGCUCCGUUUGAUUGUUGGAUUUGCUUGCGAGGUAUAAAGACCAUGCCCUUACGUGUUGAGAAGCAACAGGAGAAUGCACAAAAGAUUGCUGAGUUUCUCUCCUCCCAUCCCAAAGUGACGAAAGUUAAUUAUGCUGGUCUUCCUGACCAUCCUGGACGUGCUUUACACUAUUCACAGGCAAAGGGUGCAGGAUCUGUGCUCAGUUUUUUGACAGGAUCACUUGCACUCUCUAAGCACGUCGUCGAGACUACCAAGUAUUUCAGUAUAACUGUCAGUUUUGGAAGUGUGAAGUCCCUCAUCAGCAUGCCGUGCUUUAUGUCCCAUGCAAGCAUACCUGCUGCAGUGCGGGAGGCCAGAGGUUUGACUGAGGAUCUUGUUCGUAUCUCCGUAGGAAUUGAAGAUGUUAACGAUUUGAUUUCUGAUUUGGAUGAUGCACUUAGAACUGGACCUAUGUAGGUGCUUUGAGGAUAUUCAAUCAAAGAACUAUUCAAUAUGUUGCAAACUUGAAUUAUUUAUGCUAAUGAUUUUUGGUCUGGUGUGUCCAAAAUAAGGUUAAAUGUAUGUAUCUUAACAAUUUGAAUUCCUUUUAGGCCGAAGGCUUAUGAAUGCUUAGUAUUGUUUCAGGAAAUGAAUUUUGGUGUCUGUAUAUA